GCUGACAUGUCGCAAGCUGCUCGUUGUGCGCUCCACUGCGCGACCAGUGUGAUCAGUGGUGCAGAUGCAGCCGCGAAUCGAACUGCUGGGGCCGCUCAAAUGCUUUGGCGGAGGAUGGUGAAAGCUUCCAAUGCGGCGAAGGUUACAUCUGCGGCUGCUGCCCAAGAUGUUUGGCAGGAUGUGCAGGGGGCUUCGCGCUGGAUGAAUUCUACCAACGUGGCCCAGACGAGCAAGCGGCACUUGCAGGACAUGUGCCUUCAGUUCCAUGGUGCUUGCCGUUACGUCUCCGAGACUGCCGAG